GCAAUGUGUGGGUAUAUUCGAGUCCCAGAGCAACAGCCGUCCUGGAGCGGUGCGAGGCAACUGAGCGGUCCGCCGGCAGAGUCCCAACUUCCACUCCAACGAGGAGACACCGAGGAGACACCGAGGAGAUGCCGAGAGCGCUGUUCUGCUCUCGCUCUGGGCUGGGAGUGAUCUCGGGUUUCGCGGCGACAUGAUCGAUCGAUCGAUCGAUCGAUCGUGCCAUCAUCAACGACAUCAUGCGAUUUGCUGCCCGAGCCUCAAACAUCCUCUUGCGCUGCUCGUUUAGCUAUGGGACAAUGUCCCCGUCCGCUCGGCCCAGCCGCCUGAUAGCCAGCGCCGUGCAGCCGCUUGCUGCUCUCUCGCCCCUCCGGCACCAGCCGUUCUCCAGCCGCCCCGUGGAUAUCCAGAAAGAGAUCGACACCAUCGGCGAUAUGUUCAGUGUGGCCCGGGAAGAUCUUGAAUAUGCCACUGAAAGCAAGGGUACGACAUACUACAAUGAAGAUAAGCUCGCCGCACAAGAAUCGGUCGAAGCUUGCCUGAAGACCUACGAGGGCCUUAUCGAGCAGCUUCCCGACCAGGCCCAAAGGCAGGACGUUGAGCGUCGAAUCGGACUGCGGAUCCAGGAACUCAAGGCCCAGCUGCAGGCGCUCAAUGCCGACGAGCUCGACGAUUAGAUCGGCCCACUGCAAUGGCCAGCGGUGUCAUCGGCGAGU